AUGAGUCAAGAUCAUGGGCAAUGCCAGGCUCUGCACCUGUCCGAUGGAAGCAAGUGCACCAAAGAGGCUACCCAUGCCGACGGUGUCUUUUGCUGGUUUCAUUCUAAGCAGGUCUAUGGGCUCUACAAGGGGUACAAACGACGCAAUGCCAGACUGGAUGAACUGGAGAGCGAAGCCCCUCCUUACCUAAAGACAAGCAAGGUUCCUCUUGCGAAUCAGACAUUCGAGGAUGUUAAAGACCAAGAGACUCUCAGGACGGUACAUUCCCAUCUCUUUGACCGAUAUGUCCUCACCGGACAGGUCAUCGACGCCCGCAGGCUUCACCACACCCACUUUUACUCGCUCCAAAUCGACUAUGGGCACCAAGCGUAUCUCGACAAGCUAAGCAGCAACCGCCACAUCAUUCUUCGGUCUCUGGAAAGAUUGGAAAAGCGAACUGCAGAUGUGCUGUAUCAGCAGGAGAAAUGGUUCGCUUGGGUACGCCAGGCCCAGGAAGAGGAAGAGGCAACUCGUGACAAGGAGCAGAAAAAGAUGAAGCAGGAAGCUGCCUUGUUCAAGCGUCACCGAGACAAGCUGCAGGCUAGACUGGAACAGGCUAGACGAGAGGAGGAGCAGAAGAGCCAGGAUGCCUAUCUUGAGGCUGCCUUCCGGGAGCGUAUGGAGAUGUCAGAAGAUGAAUGGGAAAGCGAUGAGGCCUGGGAUCCUAUUAAAGACACUGACCACGACAAGCGCAACCAGUACAUUGAUCUGAUCAGGCACUUCCUCUGGAUGGAUGCUGCAGACAUUGAGACCAGCCAAGAUCCCCCAGCCGAGCCUAAGCCACAGGUAGAAGAGGCCGCCGAGCAACCGCAGGAAGAAGAUGGCCAAAAACCCUCCAAGAAAGGUAAGAAAAAGGCAAAGGCCAAGCCGAGUGCCGCCAAACCUGGCAAUCAAGGCAGCGCCAGCGACUCCUCGCCAGCCGACAGGGGACAAGACAAGCUCAUGGCCAUGCAGCAGCAAAAGAAAGCAAAAAAAGCAGCCGAUCAACCGAUGCCUGAUAAGAACAACAUUGAACCCGAGCAAGAGAUGAGAAAACGCCUGAGCCAGGGAGUCGACAAGAAACUGGAAAACGUUUGGGGUUUCCAGCUCGUUGGGUCGUUGGAGAAUCCCCACGAGACGUUUACAAGAACGGCACCGAUGACCGACAACGAGAUCGAGACUGCCAUCAAGGACCUCUGCCGAAAUUGGGCAGAAUUCGCCGACCUCAAUCUCCUCACCCUGUGGCAGUUUUUCCCUGCUUCAAACUGGACGUCUUGGGCAAAUAACAGGCUUAUCCAGCAACUGCAUGAGUUGCAGUUCUUCCCUUACUUCAUUGAUCUUGGAGCUCAGUCACGUAGUCGCUAUUUUCAGACCGACGGGCGAGGCAAAGGACGCCGCCAGCAUGACAUGAUAGAGACGAGGAAUAUCAUUGUCGGUCACAUGAAGCGCCGCGAUCCAGUGACCCGCCGCUUUCUGCAGUAUCUGACAAUGAGAACGGGUGAACUGUUGGUCCUGGUGAGGGACGGCAGAACUGGUCGCGUCAUAACGGCACCUCCUCAGAAGCAUCUUUGGACGGAAUGGCGCUUUGGAUUCGAUGACUAUUACGACGUCUUCAUCUGGAAUCUGGUACCCAACGAAUCACCACUGCUGCUGUAUAAUGUCAUCAUCACGGAACUUCGCACAGCAUGGCGUAUGACCCAGCCUGCUGACAUGUAUUCCCACAUGGAGCCGCAGCUGCGGAGCCUCACUCGGGAGGAAGAUACAAUGCGAACGCGCAAGAUACUUCCGGGCGAACAAGUCAAGAGUCUCUGGCACGUUGUGACGGGCGAAGACGUAGAGUUCCGCCUGUUCAGUACCUCAGGAUCAUUUACAUCCUUCACGCCCCAGGGUGCCGCCACUGGUGAAAUGGCCGACUCCCCAUACCUGUUCUAUACCAAAGCCAAUGCUGUCGAGGAUGAGGUUCUAUUCCCAGACGAACUGACUUCUAACAAAAAGAAUGUGCAUUUUCGAGAAAUCAGAAACCCCGUCAGUCGCCUUGAGCACUCGGGACUCCCUGGUCACAACAAGUACUGGGAAAAAGGACUGACGGCGAUUCUUGCCGGGGAAGAUUUCAAAGAACCGCUUAGCAAGGAGAUGGAUACCGAUGAAGACAGUAUGUGGGCGCUUCCUGCGAUUUGGAAAAGCGGCUUGGAGAAGCUUCUACAAGGAACUCUCUCAGCAGAGCAGCGUGAAGUCCUUGAGGAAACUGGCCUUGACGCCAUCAAGGAAGGUCAAUUAAUCGCCGAUCGUCUUGACAGUGCGGAUCCCAUGGAGGUAAUGGAACGCGAAAGAUCUACCGAGUUCAAAAUGGCGUUUCACGAUGGAGACCUUGAGCCGGGAUGUACCGAAAGGUAUCGGCAAGUCCAAGAAGUCAUCACUACUAUGCUCAAAACUGCUCAUGCGGAAUCGCCUGAUUGGGUUUAUUACAUCGCCGAGUUAAUUAAUGCACUGGCUCGACGUUGA